GAGGAAUAAUCUAGAAAUGCGCCAGGUUAAUGCGACGUGUCCAAUCCAUUAUUAGCAUCCAACGUGGCAUAUCGCCGCUCCUUGUAAAUGAUAUGACCUCUGCUUUUAUAUGAUCUUUUUUUUUUUUUGAAAAAUCUCUCACUCAUACUAGUACUUGAACUCGUCGGACUAGAAGACUUUAUUUGAAGAAUUUUAGAUUUUAACUGUUGGUUUGGAUGGCGGUAAAUGAUAGAAACGAUAAGGAGCAGGAAGAUGGGAAAAUGGAGGAAGGCAAAAAAGCAACAGUGUAUAUGUGGGGUUAUCUCCCGGGAGUUUCACCGGAGAAAUCACCCAUACUGAAUCCGAUAUCGGUGAAUUAUCCAGAUGCAGAUGAUUCAUGGAAGGAUGUAUGUGGUGGUGGUUGUGGUUUCGCCAUGGCAAUAUCAGAAGGUGGAAAGCUGGUAACAUGGGGAUCGGCUGAUGAUGAAAAUCAAAGUUACGUGACAUGUGGAAAGCAUGGGGAAACUCCUGAGGCUUUUCUUCUUCCUUCUGAAGCUUCCAUCCUCAAAGCUGCUGCUGGUUGGGCUCAUUGUGUUUCCGUCACAGAUACGGGGGAACUGUAUACAUGGGGAUGGAAAGAGUGCGUUCCGCUUGGAAAAUUUCCUCGUGAUGGGGCUUCUUGGGGAGCCCUCCAGAAGGAUAAUGCUGCCAAGCAAAAUGUGUUGUCAACUGAACAAGUGAGUUCAGCGUCUUCUGAUGACAAAAGGAACGGAGAGGAAAUUGUGAAGCGAAGAAGAGUGUCACUGAAAGAAGAAAAUGAAAAUUCGGAAUAUGGAGAUGAAUAUUUCACAGUAACACCGGCUAUUGUGUCUUUGGGUCCAGGAGUAAGGAUCACCUCCGUGGCUGCUGGUGGGCGCCAUACUUUAGCCCUGUCUGAUACGGGACAGGUUUGGGGUUGGGGAUACGGAGGAGAAGGGCAGCUAGGUUUGGGGUCUCGUGUAAAAAUGGUGUCUUCUCCCCAUCUCAUACCAUUUACUGAGCAACCUGCUACUGGAAAACACAGAUCUUCAGUAGUUCAUAAUGGAAGCACAAAUCUGCCAGCACAAGUUUCUAAAUUCCCUGGAAGUUGUGUGAAGGAGAUUGCUUGUGGAGGUCGGCACAGUGCAGUAGUAACAGAUGCUGGAACAGUACUUACAUUUGGCUGGGGACUUUACGGGCAGUGUGGACACGGGAGUACAAAUGAUCAGUUGAGACCAACUUCUUUACCUUCUCUAUCAGGAAUCCAAAUUGAAAGAAUUGCUGCUGGCCUAUGGCACACUAUGUGCAUCACCAUCGAUGGUCGUGUAUAUGUAUUUGGCGGGAAUCAGUUUGGACAAUUGGGUACUGGAGCUAGCCAGGGCGAGACUGUACCUAGACUCUUGGAGGAUCCAUGUCUGGAGAGUAAGCUGGUGAAGAUGGUUUCUUGUGGUGCUCGGCACAGUGCCAUUCUACUAGAGGAUGGCCAAGUAUUUUCCUGGGGUUGGAACAAGUAUGGUCAGCUUGGCGUGGGCGAUUCAAUUGAUCGUAACACCCCUACUCAAGUUCCCAUUGAAGGUUGUCGACCAAAAAUGGUGGCAUGUGGCUGGUGGCACACAUUGCUGCUAGCUGAAACACCUCUGAAAUCCUAGAUCUGUAAAACAAGUGAAAGAUCGACUUUCCACUACACCGUUCAGGAUGGUCAGGUCUACACUGCGGAUCACCUGGGCUAUCUCCAAGAAAACGCCACGAUCAUCGCAUAGCAUCUGCAGCAGAUGCUAUUUAGCAAAUCUUGUAAAGCAAAUGUUCCAGAGAAUCUAAAUUGUAUGAGGAUUUGUCCUGGUAUGCAAGAUCUUCCACAACUAUUGGGCAUAUCUGGAGCUCAUCUCCAAAUUCAAAUGCCCAGUAUUUCCAAUUUGGCUUAUUCUCUUUGGCUUCAGACAGUCUGCAGUUCUUGCGGUCAGAAACUUGCAAACCCAUUUCAGCUCGAUUACGAUGCGAUGCGUAUCAGUUGUCAAUUCUCAGUGGCCUAAACAGUGCAGUGAUUUCUCGUUGUUGUUAAUACAGUUAUGCCCUGUUAUGUAUAACAUGUUGUGUGUGUUUUGAUAUUGUUUA